AUGCACGAUGGGCCCCUCCUAUCUCACUGCCAACCCCUACCAACCACACGAUAUGAGAAGCUAACAGAUCACGGAAAGACAUCUUUGACGGACAGCUUAAUCGCCACCAAUGGCAUUAUCUCGCCAAAGCUGGCGGGGAAGAUCCGCUACCUGGACUCCCGCCCUGAUGAACAGCUGAGAGGCAUUACGAUGGAAUCUUCUGCCAUCUCUCUUUAUUUUUCUAUGCUCCGAAGAUCCGCGGCCGAAACGGAGCCUGAGAAGAAAGAGUAUCUGAUCAACCUGAUCGACUCUCCGGGCCACAUCGACUUCAGUAGCGAAGUAUCCACUGCCUCUAGGUUAUGUGACGGUGCUCUGGUGCUCGUUGAUGUCGUCGAAGGGGUAUGCAGUCAGACCGUCACGGUCUUGCGCCACACAUGGGUUGAACACCUCAAGCCCAUUCUAGUCUUCAACAAGGUUGAUCGACUGGUAACAGAACUGAAAAUGAGCGCCAGCGAAGCCUACUCACAUCUGAGUAGACUGCUCGAACAGGUUAAUGCAGUUAUUGGCAGUUUCUACCAGGGAGAGCGUAUGGAAGAAGACCUCCUGUGGCGGGAGAGAGUAGAGGAGCGGGUCAAAGCCGCUGCAGCGAAAGAAAAAGACAAGUCAAAAAAGCGCACAGAAGCUGAUACUCAAGCGGAUGAAAUUGAAGACUUUGAAGAAGGAGACGACGAAGAUCUGUACUUUGCCCCCGAGAAGAACAAUGUUAUAUUUUGCAGCGCUACGGACGGCUGGGCCUUCACUAUACGGCAAUUUUCAGGGCUUUACGAAAAGAAACUUGGGAUUAAACGAGCUACUCUAGAAAAGGUGCUCUGGGGGGAUUAUUACCUUGACCCUAAGACAAAACGAGUGCUCGGGCAGAAGCAUCUCAAGGGAAGAAACCUGAAACCCAUGUUUGUCCAGUUGGUUUUAGAAAGUAUCUGGGCAGUCUACAAUGCGACUACAGGCGGAGCAAGUAAGACAGGCGAUUCUGCAUUGUUGGAGAAGAUCACAAAAUCUCUUUCUAUCACCAUACCAGCCUACGUUCUUAGAUCGAGAGAUCCUCGAAAUAUCCUUUCAGCAAUUUUUUCGGCAUGGCUGCCGCUGUCAACUGCUGUUUUGGUCUCCGUUAUUGAGUAUCUUCCCAGUCCGCCAGCAGCUCAAGCCAUCAGACUUCCCGAUAUGUUGGAUGACUCUCCUGGCGCGUCAUUUGUUAGUCCCCCCGUCCGCACCGCGAUGGAGACUUUCCGAUCUGGAAAGGAUGAUCCGGUAGUGGCGUACGUCAGUAAAAUGGUAUCUGUCCCAGAAAGCGAGCUACCGUCCAAAUCGGGACGGGGUGGUGGCGGGACUUUAACAGCAGAAGAGGCACGCGAACUCGCACGGCGGAAAAGAGAGCAGUUAGCGAAACUUCAAGCGGAAUCGAACGAGCAAGCUGAUGACAAUUUUGCCCGACUAACCAGUGCACUGGGAUCCACAGGGCUCAACGACACCGGAACUGAUGCAGCGGAGGAAAAGGUCGAGCCAGAGCAUCUCAUUGGAUUUGCUCGCUUGUAUUCUGGGAUUUUGUCGGUUGGUGACUCAGUUUACGUGCUCCCGCCAAAGUUUUCUCCAGAACACCCUCACGCGGCUCCAAAACCAGAAAAGGUUACCGUAACGGCACUCUAUUUGCUUAUGGGGCGGUCUCUCGAAAGUCUGGAUAGUGUACCAGCCGGUGUUGUAUUUGGAAUCGGUGGUCUAGAAGGCCAUAUAGUCAAAACAGGAACGCUGUGCAGCCAGCUGGAAGGCUCCGUGAAUUUGGCUGGUGUUUCUUUAAGCAGUCCUCCAAUUGUCCGCGUUGCUUUGGAGCCUGUCAACCCUGCUGAUCUGAAUAAAAUGAUCCAUGGCUUGAAAAUGUUGGAGCGAAGCGAUCCUUGUGCUCAAUAUGAAGUGCUGCCUAGCGGUGAGCAUGUUAUAUUGACCGCCGGAGAAUUGCACCUUGAGCGUUGCUUAAAGGAUUUGCGAGAACGCUAUGCCAAAUGUGAAAUCCAGGCUGGCGAAUCCAUUGUCCCAUAUCGGGAAACUAUUAUCAAUGCAGCAGAAAUGGCUCUGCCUAAGAACCCUGAACUACCUCGUGGCACGGUCCUGGCAACCUCAGCCUCGAAACAGCUAACAAUCCGAUUGAGAGCAAGCACGCCGGGCAGCAUUAAACGGUUGUAUGCGAAUAGAAGAAGCGGAAAUGCGCAGGCUUCAGAAGAAGAAAGCAAUGAAAGUGCAGCCCAAGAAGAUGUUCAGGAAGGGGGUCAAGAGUUUGGUGACGGGAGCAUGUCUAGUCGAAACAUUCUUUCGGAAGAAGAGUUCAAAAAGGAACUCGGCACCGCAUUUGCUGAGACAAAAGAGAAAGAUGUGUGGAAAGACGCGAUCGGUCAAAUCGUAGAAUUUGGCCCUCGAAGAGUCGGACAAAAUCUUCUGCUCGAUGCAACAUCUAUAGGAGCGUUCGAAAAACUCUUCCCAGAACUUGCACAGCGUGUUGACAACUCGCAAAACGGAGACCGUAGCAAUAAGAAGCGAAAUGCGGGCCUGUUUUCCGAUAAAGUCUCAUACGCUUUUCAGCUCGCAACCAACCAAGGGCCUCUUUGUCAUGAACCCGUUCAGGGAAUUGCUGUUUUUAUAGAUGACAUUUCUCUCACAGAAGCCGGAGAUGAAGACGUCGGACGUCUGACUGGUGAAGUAAUCCGAUUAAUACGCGACGCGGUGUGGCAGGGAUUUUUAGACUGGAGCCCUCGCAUCCUUUUGGCAAUGUAUAGUUGCGAAAUCCAAGCCUCGACGGAAGUCCUUGGGCGUGUCUACGGCGUCAUUACCCGCCGUCGCGGCCGUAUUCUCUCUGAAAGCAUGAAAGAAGGGACACCCUUCUUCACCAUCCUCUCCCUGCUCCCAGUGGCUGAGUCCUUCGGAUUUUCUGACGAAAUCCGCAAGCGAACAUCAGGCGCUGCCUCGCCGCAGCUCAUCUUUGCAGGUUUCGAGAUGUUGGAUGAAGAUCCGUUCUGGGUGCCUGCAACAGAGGAAGAGUUGGAAGAUCUGGGAGAGUUUGCAGACAAGGAAAAUGUUGCUAAGAGAUAUAUGGAUGCGGUUAGGAGUAGGAAAGGAUUGGUGGUGAAAGGAAAGAAAUUGAUCAAGGACGCAGAAAAACAGAAAACGCUGAAAAGAUGA